GCUCCUUCCCUGAAGCCGUUGAGCCGAGCGCGUCUGACAUAUGAGCCCAGUAGGAGAAAAGCGCUCAGAGCCGAACAUCCAACGGGUCAAUCUCAGCAAGUUUACUCCCUGACUGGAUUCUGUCUGCAGCCGCAGCUCCUGGACUGAGCGCUCACCCGCCGCGACGCGCACCUGGCGGCGGAGACGUCCUUGCAGAGUUUGUUUUCCUUGAAGUGAACUCAGAAGAAGCGCACGGACGCAGCGAUGACAGCCGGGCUAAUUUCACCUCGAAGGCACUGAGACCCGCAUCCUGCUGCGCUGCAUCCGAUUCCACUGACCCUUCUGGGAAGAUUCAAAGGAGAUAAAGGAUGAAUUCCGCUUUCGUAGCAGUGUUACUUGGCGUGGUUGGGGCUCUGGCCAAUAAGGAGGACUGUUUGUCGGGCCAGUAUACGACCAGCGGAGAAUGCUGCGUGCAGUGCCAGCCUGGCGAGGGCGUCGUCAAGCCAUGUGGAGCCACACAGACUGUCUGCGCCCCCUGCCUGGACAGUGAAACCUUCUCGGAAAACUUCAGUCACACAGAGAAAUGUCAGCCCUGCACAGUGUGCACAGGUCUGCUCCGCAUGAAGGCGCCCUGCACGGACUCCAACGACGCCACCUGUGUGUGCAACUAUGGCUACUAUCUGAACGAGGUGUUACAGCGGUGUGAGCCCUGCACCAAGUGUCCUGAGGGCCAGGGCAUGCUGUACAGCUGUGACUUUGACCACGACACGGUGUGCGAGGAGUGCAACGGGGACACCUACUCGGACCAGGAAAGUUCUCGGGAGCCCUGCAUCCCCUGCGCCACCUGUGAUGAGGGGGAAACAUUACAGCAGUGCACCUCUGUCACUGAUACCGUUUGUCAAGUUACCUACCCUUCAGUGCCUCCCACACUCUUCUCCAUGCCCCCCUAUGAUGACUUUUCACCAGAUGGGCCCCCACCAGAGGUGCCCAUAGAGAGCACCACCACCACCACCACCACCACCACUAACGGCGAUUCCCAGGAGCGGCUCUACGAUGGUCUGAACGACAAACUCAUACCCAUCUACUGCUCCAUCCUGGCAGCAGUCGUGGUUGGCCUUGUGGCCUUCAUCAUCUUCAAGAGGUGGAACAGCUGCAAGCAGAACAAGCCAGGAGCCAACAACUGCACAGCCAACCAGAACCAGACGCCGUCACCUGAAGGAGAGAAGCUGCACAGUGACAGCGGCAUUUCUGUGGACAGCCAGAGUCUGCAGGAGCAGCAGCAGGCCCAGAAUCAGGCGCAUACAGUUGUCACCAUGGACGAAGAGCCUUGUUUGCUCCUUCCUCUCCACACCAGAGAGAAAGUAGAGAAGCUGCUGUUCAGGGGCAGCGAAGGAGACGACUGCAACCACAUGGACGACAGCGACUGGUGCAACCUGGCGGGCCUCCUGGGAUACGAGGAGGAGAGGAUCGCGACCUUCCGGCAGGAAGAGCAUCCCGUCCGCGCGCUCCUGUCCGACUGGGCGAGCAAGGACUGCGCCAGCAUCGACACGCUGUGCACGGCGCUGCGCAAGAUCAACCGCGACGACAUCGCCCAGAGUCUGGUGCUAAGCCCCAGCGCCACAAAGCCGACAGCCACUUCUGUGGUGUGAAUUAAGCUUAACAGUGAGCAAAGCACCUGAACCUUAACCUUAAUAUUCCUCCAUGGCCUCCUUCGUUCCACAUAAUUCACGCUAUGAAUGCUUUAAGCUAUUCCCUCAUGGAGCCAGCAGUCAAGGUGAUGAUCGAAUACGAACCCUGAAGAAUUAUUUCCUGUUUGUUUAAGGGAUCAGACAGGAAGAUGCCGGAAGUCAGACGAAAGCUUAAAUGAAUAUCAACAUACCUAAUCAAAUCAGUCAGAGGAAGCCAAAACCCUUCACUUAACCAUCAGGAUGUGCUUCUAAACAUUCAUUCACACUUUUUAAAAUCCACACAAUGUAAAGCCUGUGUGGACGAAGGUGGUCUAGAAUCAUUCCAUUUUGAGCCUGGAUAUCCACCUGCCUGUCCACACAUCCAGCUUACCGUCUUCUGCCUUUAUUAACCCAGGAGCAGCAAUGGCCUUUAAACUGAAUUUAUCGCGGAUACUUCUUUCAUUCCUAUAGAUACAACUUGAUCCUCUCCAUCUUUGCUCUUCGUUCUUACAACACACGCAUAGUCGGCGUGUCCCUUUCUCAGCCAGUGUUGCAUCUCAAAACAGUUUACAAGUCUAUGCUACCAAAGAGGAGUAACUGUCUCCACACUGUACCUGAAAAGCGGCAUUAUUGACAUGCUGUGUUAGACUUUUGGAAUUUAAGUUGUGGAAUGGCUUGUGUCUGUUACUGCUACCCGAUGAGGCCUGCGCACCACAUCGCAUCUGGAUCUUUGACAAAUAUGACAACCUGAGGAAGGACGUGUGGACGCAUUUCAAAUGAAGCUAUUGUCCUUCAGCAAAAACAAAAGCUACGUCCAGCUAUUUACUCUCUUUUUAAAAAACACUUGCAUUAGACUUAAGACAUUGAGCUGCAACACGCGUGGACUUUAUCCCACCUUCGGCUUCUUCUUGAGUGAUUUCUGCAGACUAGUGCUAUAAGAACUGCUGGCUGGACUCUGUGGGGAAGGUCAUUGACCGAGGUAACGUGAGACACUAUUCUAUGUGCUCAGGCAUAUCUGCAUAACACAGGAGAUCCCACACAGACUGCUUCAGACUGACCCAGAAAAGGGAAGGGCGCGGAACUCAAGUCACCCAGUAACAACGAUGUAUGUGUGUAUGUACAAAGGCAGACAAAUAAAGAUACACACAUACUGUGCAUACAUACACACAUAGGCCUACAGUAUGUAACCAUGCAUGCAUUUACUAUACAAACAAACACACACACAGAUCAUGUAUACAUUUACACUCUUAUUCACUGUAGGAGACACAGAAAGCUUCCGAUCCUGCCAUAUACUGUGUGGAACACUCUCAUGGGGAGACCAUAUAUUGUUUAAUCUCUAGUAGCUAAUAUAAAGUAAAUUUAAAAUCUAAAUAAUUUGCAAUGUGUGCUAUAGAUGGUGAAAUAACAGUAAACAGCAUGCAGAAACUAGCAACUCAUUGUCAACCAGGGCAGAACAUCCAAGAAAAAUAAUAAUAAUCAGGUUUCAAAACAAAAAUCCAGGGUUUUCUAUCUUUUUGGCUUUGUUUCUCAGGGUAACUUGAAUGAUUGUGUUACAACAUCAAUAUCACACUGACUAUAUUGCACCCUGUAAAAUUAACUGAACAAUAUGCAGUUGUUCAGGGGGGAGGCAGUGUGUUUACCCAAAGCAGUGAUUCUUGCGACUGACAAUCCUUUAAACAAGUGAACAAGAGAGGGAAACGGGCCAGAGGAAAAAAGAAAAGGAGUGUCUUGUUUCCUCAUUGUUUGCAACAAUGACCUCUGGAUAAAAGGCAAGCCAGUGGAGACAUAAGUCAAAGGAUGUGGGAUGAAUUCAGACCGGGGGAAAGCGGAAAAGUUUUGGAUUACUUUAAAUGGAAGGGUGAAACCCAGGAAUCCACAUUCGCAUAAAUCAGCUUGUUUAAGUGUAAUCAUGCAUUUGUGCUGUGCUGCACCUUUUUGGUAUUUCAAAUGUUUUAUUAUGUCGUUAACAUCAUGCUGCCAGCUGAGGACCCCGGCAUCUCUUUGUUUUCUUUCUUUUUGCUCACAGGAAAAUAUUUGAAGGAGCAAAUAGCUGACUAUGCUAAACUCACUUAUAUCACCAACUUCAUCUGUUACUCUUGGACACAGAUUGUACAUUGUGACUAACCACUAGCACACUGAGCUUCACGCUGUAGUGUUACUUUAAAUGAAGGUAUUCUCACUCUACUCUAAGGGUUGUUGUAUUUUAAUUCACAAAUAACAACUGUAAAUGGUAUUAUAUUUCUCUUCUUGUCCUAGAUUGUAGCACUUAAAUAUGUAAUAAUGUGUGUCUGUUCUGCAUCACAAGUGCCUGGGAACUGUUUCAGGUGUCCGCUGAUGUUGUACAUUUUUGUUUUUAGCUGUUUUUGUAAGUAUGUCUCUGUUAGUUGAUGUUUUUUUUACUUGUAAAUAAUUUGACUUUUUUAGUUUUUAUUUUAGUCAGAGUCUAGAAGGCGCUAAUGUACAAUAUCUAUAUGAAUGGGACAUUGUUAGUACUGUAUAUGAAUGCUGUCCAAGUAUAAAAGGGUAAGAAGGGCAAAGGGAAGGGAGGUGCCUAUGUCAGGUACCUGGUGCAAUUAGCAAAUUAAUCAGCAUCAGGUGUAUUAAUGUAGUGCAUCAUUAAGACAGGAAUAGGAAACACAAAUAUAAAAUACCUUUAAGACUUAUCAGGAAUGGCUCUAACUGUCCAGUUAGAGAAACAUCACCUGCCACCAAACUCAGAAAUACAACAUUAUUAUAUGCUAUGAUUUAAGUGCCCUAUACUCUAAGUCAGAGUCUUUGCAUUAAUUGCAGGGUCAUAUUUUAUUUCUUGUUUGCUUUUUUGCUGAGAUUAGAUGACGAGCUCAAUUCCACGGUCAUAUCUGUCUGACAAAUAUACAGCUACAGAUAGCAGCCAGUUAUCUUACCUUAGCAUAGCAUAAAGACUGGAAACAGAAGAAAACAGCUAGCCUGGCUCUGUCCUGCACCUCUACAGCCAAUGAACAUGUUAUAUGUUGUUCGUUUAAUCCGUAAAAACAAAUAGUUGAGGUGUUAAAGGGGAUUACGUACCAGAAAAUGCAUGAUACCUUGGCUCUGUCCAGUAGCAUAAAUAGCUGGUAGGGUUUUGUUUCCUUUGGACAGAGCCAGGCUAGCUGUGCCCCCCUGCUUCCAGUCUUUAUGCUAUGCUAGGCUAACUGUCUGCUGGCUGGACCUGUGUAUUUAUUAGACAGAUAUAUGAGUGGUAUUGAUCUCUUACCUAACUCUCUGCAACAAAGCAAAUAAGCACAUUUCUGAAAGUGUUAAACUAUUGGUUUAAAUGCAAAGCCCCAUAUAAGAUCAUUUGCAACUAAUUUGCAACGGUUAACAGAUAUGUUACUUAGUGAUAGUACAUACUCAGAUAUCAGAUAUAGACAUACUGCACGGUUUAUAACCAUCAGAUAUUUUUCCAUUGACACUUGGACUAAAGGAACACAUUGCAUGCUGAGUAAUAAGUUUGAAGAGAAAUACAAGUUUCCAUGCACACACCAGCAAGAUCUGAAGUCAGUAAUCUGUAAGUUCUUUAGGUUGGACCUGAUCUGCUGUUGUGACACAGACAGACAGACAGACUAAUUGAAACGCGACAGUGACACAUGAAAAUUAUUUUGGUUUUUUAUGCUCGAUAUUAGAUACUUCCACAGAAUGACCUUGCCUGAAAGCCCCUUCAUUGUAUUAGUCAACACUAAUACGAAGUCAUAGUUUGUCCUCCUCUCAGAAACUAUGACUGCAGAUGGAGGCUUUUUCCUUUAAUAAUAUUCCUUUAGUUUGAUGAAUGUGAGAGAUUUUAAUUGAGAAAUGGUGACCAGACAUUGAAUUGCAUGUACAGUAAACACAGCUGAAGGUGAAAAUGUCAUGGCAUUGCACUUGAGAGUAACAAAGUAACCAUGCAGA